AAUAUUUGUCGGCGCAGGGCUCUGAUUAUAAUACAUCAACUUGGCACAAUUAAUUAACAAAAAAACGACGCGUAUUCAUUUGUUUAUACUAAAUUAAUUGUGUUUUAUUUAAAGUAAACAUUUUAUUCUUAGCAAAUAACAAAGAAAUUUAAUAAAAACAUUAAAUUGUAAGGAAAAAAACCACAAAACAAUAAGAAACUUUUUUUUACUAGGGGUGUGGUUGAACGGAGCUCUUCUACACACAUAAUACACAGCAACAUAAAAAAUUAUUUUUACGGAUUAUUUUACAAAAAAAAAAAAAAAAAAUGCGAAACAUAUUAAAGAAAUCUAAAUUUAUAGUUUGAGAAAAGUUAAUAAAUAAAUUUGACAUGUAAAUCGGUAACAAGCAGAAAUAUGAAAACAUUAUUUUAAAACCGUGAACGUGUUUAGAAUUAAUUAAAUAUUAAAUAAAAAACGGGGCAAACUGAAAUUAUAAAAGAGUUUGAUAAAAAAAACAAUAAAAAGAAAACGCAGGCAAUGCAUUAUUAACAACAUCAAACCAACUUCCUUAUCUUCAUAAACUGGUCAUUAUUUUUUUGGGAGAGCAAUGUCACGGCUGGCAGAUUACUUUGUUAUUGUUGGUUAUGAUAAUGAAAAAGAUCGUACAACUACAGAUAACCAAUUGCUAACAUGUGGCAAGAUUAUACAACGUUUUCCCGAAAAAGAUUGGCCGGAUACACCGUUUAUAGAAGGCAUAGAAUGGUUCUGCCAACCCUUAGGCUGGAAUCUCUCAUACGAAAAACAAGAACCGAAAUUUUUUACCUCCGUUCUUACCGACAUCGAUGCCAAUAAACAUUAUUGUGCCUGCCUGAGUUUUCAUGAAACUCUCGCUAUUACACUCAACAAGAAAGUCGUCGAUGAAGAAGACGAAACCAUAUCCACCUCAACGAAAUAUCAACCGAACUCAUCACCACUCAACAAUAGCAUCGGCUUACCCACAAACAAUGGUUGUGCAAAUACAUCAACGUCAUCGCCAUCUCCCAACACUUCAACAUCACUUAUUUCGCAUCAUAGUGUUAUGUAUGCUCCCAAAUGUUUAGUUCUAAUAUCACGACUCGAUUAUGCUGAGACCUUUAAAAAUUGUCUCGGUACCAUCUAUACGGUGUAUAUAGAAAAUUUACCGUAUGCUUUGGAAACAUUAAUUGGCAAUAUAUUGGGUUGUAUACAGGUACCACCAGCCGGCGGACCACAAGUACGAUUUUCGAUUGGUGCUGGCGAUAAGCAAUCUUUGCAGCCACCUCAAUCUUCUUCGUUGCCGGUAACGGGUACAUCGGUGAAUUUUUUAUUUAAACAAUUGGGUAUUAAAAAUGUAUUAAUUUUACUGUGCGCCGUUAUGACUGAAAACAAAAUACUCUUUCAUUCGAAAAGCUAUUCCCACCUAACGGAGAGUUGUAAGGCAUUAGUGGCUCUCAUGUAUCCCUUCCGUUAUACACAUGUGUACAUUCCGAUUUUGCCGGCACCCCUAACGGAAGUACUCUCAACGCCCACUCCCUUCAUCAUGGGCAUUCACAGUUCUUUACAAACUGAAAUUACCGAUUUAUUGGAUGUCAUUGUUGUCGAUUUAGAUGGUGGUUUGGUGACAAUACCGCCAACCCUUACACCACCCGUACCCGUACUACCGUCUCCGUUGUGGGAACAAACUCAGGAAUUAUUGACAAUGAUACUAUUUCCCAAUCUAUCACAGUCCGAUUUGGCAUUUCCAUCGCAAGAGAAACCUACCAAUUAUCCCAAAACAGAAGCUGUCAUCGAUAAGGAAUUGAGAGCCAUAUUUAUGCGUCUAUUUGCUCAACUUUUACAAGGCUAUAGAUCGUGUUUGACUCUUAUAAGGAUUCAUCCUAAACCGGUAAUAACAUUUCAUAAGGCGGGAUUUUUGGGUGCCCGGGAUUUGAUAGAAAGUGAGUUUUUAUAUCGAGUACUGGACAGUAUGUUCUUUACGACUUUUGUCAAUGAGCGUGGACCACCCUGGAGACCCUCCGAUGCCUGGGAUGAGUUAUAUAGUUCUAUGAAUGAACUUGUAAAAUCAGAAGCCAACAAUAAGAGUCUCUUGCACAUACACAUCUCGGAAUUGGGUAAAGUUUUGUACGAAAAUGAAAUACCCAAUCAGCAAAUGUAUGUACAAAAAGUAUUGCGUCCUCCCGAGGGUUCAUCACAUCGCAUACACCAACCCGCAUUUCCUCGUUUAAGUUCGGAAAAAGUUGAGUUGAUUAUUAACGAUGGCAUACGUAAGAAUUGCAUACAACCGCGUUUAACAUCAGCACGCAAUCAAAAUCGUACCAUUCCCAUGGGACCUCGCUUGCCAGAAGUAUUAGAUGUCAGACCUAAUCUCUCGAAUUCAGCUAGACGUUUGGAAGUUUUGAAAACAUGUGUUUCCUAUAUAUUUGAGAAUAAAAUAGCCGAUGCCAGAAAACUAGUACCAGCUGUUACUCGCACUCUUAAACAUCGUGAUGCUCGUUUGAUAUUUUGUCGUGAAUUGUUUGGCUAUGUACACGGAAAUAAAGCUGUACUAGAUCAUCAACAAUUCGAUUUGGUUAUAAAGUUUAUGAAUAAAACUUUGCAAAAUUCCUCUGGCAUUGAUGAGUAUACAGUGGCUGCCGCUUUACUACCCAUGUCCACAAUAUUUUGUCGUAAACUCUCUACUGGGAUUAUACAAUUUGCGUAUACUUGCAUACAGGAUCAUCCCAUCUGGAAGAAUUUACAAUUUUGGGAAUCUACCUUUUAUCAAGAUGUACAAACUCAUAUCAAAGCCUUGUAUAUGCAACAUAGACGUGCCAAUGAACACAAUAAGGAAUCGAAUUGUGUCUUGGAUGAUGUGCCGCUCGAAGAGCCAACUGCUUUGGAAAUAACAGCAGAACAAUUGCGUAAAUCACCCACCAUUGAUGAGGAGAAGAAAAAAGAACUGGCUCAAUCGGAAGAGUCGACAUUGUAUAGCCAGGCUAUACAUUAUUCGAAUAGAAUGGUUUCGCUGCUCAUACCACCUGAUGUCAAUGCUGUUGGACAUCAGAAGCCCAAGCAGACAUUUCGUUUUGAUGAUAAUCAAAGUGUGUCAAAUAGUAUAAUGGGUUCACACAGUCUAAGUGAACACUCCGAUGAGGGUUUCGAGGAGAAUGAUGCUUCCGAAGUUGGUGUCGCGGUUGGUAAAAUCGUAUCACGUUUCAUAGAUCGCGUUUGCACCGAAGGUGGUGUGACAUCCGAACAUAUACGUAAUCUGCACGAUAUGGUACCUGGUGUUGUACACAUGCAUAUUGAAUCUCUGGAAUCAGUUUAUCUAGAAGCUAAACGACAUCCUCAUGUACAAAAACCAAAAAUACAAACACCCUGUCUGUUGCCAGGCGAAGAAAUCGUAACGGAACAUUUGAGAUGUUAUCUAAUGCCGGACGGGCGGGAAGAUGAUACACAGAGUUUAAUACCAGCAGAAGGAGCUCUUUUCCUCACCAAUUAUCGCAUAGUAUUCAAGGGAAAUCCUUGUGAUCCAUUAGCUUGUGAACAAACCAUUAUAAGAGCUUUUCCUAUUUCAUCUUUAUUGAAAGAGAAGAAAAUAUCAGUGUUAUAUUUGGCCCACUUAGAUCAGACAAUGCCGGAGGGCUUGCAGUUAAGAUCAAGUACAUUUCAGUUGAUGAAAAUUGCAUUCGAUUUAGAGGUAACACCCGAAAUGAUAGAAAGUUUUCGUAAGAUAUUAUGUAAGGCCAGACAUCCCAUAGAUGAAUUCGAACAUUUUGCUUUUCAAUCAUAUGGUACAAUAAUACACGGAGCCGCUCCUUUAAAGGCCAAAGAGAAGUACUCAACUUUAAAGGGAUUCGCUAAGAAAACACUUAUGCGCACCGCUAAAAAGGCAGGCCUUAAGCAAAAGUUUACACCCAAACGUAAACUACUAAAUCCUGGUAUGGAUUUUGAUACCAUGGUGGCUUCGGUGGAUGCUUUGGAAACACAUUCCCAAAACGAUGAAUUGGAAGAUGAUGAAUUCGAGUGCAAUAAUGAAACAUUGCCACGCAUAGCCACCGCCAAGGAUGUAGAACGUAUGCGCGAAAGGAACUAUGUCAGAGAUUGGAAACGUUUAGGUUUUGAGGAUGCACAAAGUGGUUUUCGCAUAACGGCAGUUAAUUCCAACUAUAGUAUGUGUCGAUCUUAUCCAGCCAUAUUUGUGGCUCCUUUACAAGUGCACGAUGCCGCCUUAACACAUCUAGGACGUUGCUAUAAGAGUCAAAGAAUACCAGUGCCCACUUGGCGUCAUCGUAAUGGCGCCAUGUUGAUAAGAGGUGCCUUGCCGCACAGUAAGUCCGUAAUAGGCAUGUUGAAAAAUACCACUGGCUCUAAUACCAUGUCCAAUGAUGUGGCGAAUUAUCAUGAACAGGAUAAAUAUUUUAUGGCUCUCAUAGACACUAUGCCCAAGCCAAACAUUUCACUGGCCCAGUACAACUUGUCGGGCAUUAAUUUAUCUAUGAAUUCUUUGCUUUUGAAUACCUCAGUGGUGGAUGAUUUACAUUAUUUGAACACUUCUUUAACGCCCGAGGUAACACGUAAAAAUAAGGGACUCUCGGCCAGUCAUGAGAGUAAACAAAAGAGUGGCACUAUUAAAAAUUCCUCAGCUGUUUCGAAUCAAUCCAAUGCCUCCGCCUAUCGUAAAAUACGUUUGUAUGUUUUGGGUGAAAAAUCACAAACAAAAUCCAGUGUUAAUGCUGACUUGGGUGCGGAGUUUAUACCCGUCGACUAUCCCGAUAUAAGGCAUUCCCGUAUAGCAUUUAAGAAACUCAUGCGCGCUUGUCUGCCCUCGAACAAUACCAACGAUACCGAUCAAACAUUUGCCAAGAAUAUCGAGCAAUCCGAUUGGUUGCAACAGAUUUCUUCUCUACUACAACUAUCCGGAGCUGUUGUCGAUCUUAUCGAUUUACAGGAAGCCUCAGUUAUGCUCUCUCUCGAAGAUGGUUGGGAUAUAACCGCACAAAUAUCAGCCAUUGCGCAAUUAUGUUUAGAUCCAUAUUAUCGUACCAUUGAUGGUUUUCGUGUUCUGGUGGAAAAGGAAUGGAUUGCUUUUGGUCAUCGUUUUGCUCAUCGCAGUAAUCUAAAACCUUCUCACAAUAGUUCAAAUAUUGCAUUUGCUCCCACAUUUCUACAGUUUAUGGAUGCUGUGUAUCAGAUACAAAAACAAUUUCCUAUGGCUUUUGAAUUCAAUGAGUUUUAUAUACGUUUCUUGGCCUAUCAUACGGUAUCGUGCCGUUUUCGCACAUUCCUAUUCGAUUGUGAGGUGGAGAGAUUUGAUAUGGGCAUAACAUCGGUGGAGGAUAAGAGGAGUACAUUAUCGUCAAAACAUUUGAUUGGCAGUAAUAAAGGCAACAACGGUUCCGAUGAUGAAUCCGGCGUCUAUCCUGUCGAUAUGCGCAGCAAAACUUUGGUCAACUUCAAUCGCAUUGGUCAUUCUAUAUUCGAUUAUAUCGAACGACAACAUUCGAAAUCUCAAAUAUUUUACAAUUUCAUUUAUUGCCAACAAGACGAAGUACUGCGACCACAAAGUUGUGCUGCUGCCUUAGAUUUGUGGCCUUACUAUACCAACGAAGAAUUGGCUCAGGGUCCACCCUACGAUCUAGAGCUAACCAAUGCAGAUGAUGAACUCGAUUUAUCCGAGCUAAAAGGCAAACGUAUUGUUAUAUCAGCUGGUUAUGAUAAUAUAGAAAAAUCCGAUCCCAAUACCUUUGUUUGUCUACUCAGCGAGGUAAAACAGGCUGAAACCGAACGCGGACAUUUGCCACAAAAAUGGCAACAAGUCUGGUCGAGUCUAGAAGUGCCACGUACCGAACGUAUUGAACGCAAAUCAUCACUCAGUAGUAUUUUCUAUCAUGGCAAAUUGCAACAUAAACGUUCGACACUGGAAAUUAUAAUGAAGGGUCGUUUAACCGGUUAUCAGGAUAAAUUCUUUCAUCCUCAUCGUUUCGAAAAACAUCCCUAUACAACACCCACGAAUUGUAAUCAUUGUACAAAAUUAUUAUGGGGUCCAGUGGGUUAUCGUUGCAUGGAUUGUGGUAAUUCUUAUCAUGAACGUUGUACGGAGUUGUCACUGAAAAAUUGCACUAAAUAUAAAGCAGUCGAAGGUGUUGUACCGCCAAAUGUGAAUAUAUCACAAGGUGAUACUUCAAGUAUUGCCUCUAGUGCCGCCACUACCGCUCGAACCUCAUCACAUCAUUUCUAUAAUCAGUUUAGUAGUAAUGUUGCUGAAAAUCGUACACACGAAGGACAUCUGUAUAAACGUGGUGCCUUGUUGAAAAACUGGAAACAACGUUGGUUUGUUUUGGAUUCUAUAAAACAUCAAUUACGUUAUUAUGAUUCAGAGGAUUCUACAUGCAAGGGAUUUAUAGAUUUAGCUGAAGUUCAAUCUGUUACUGCCGCACAACCAACACAAAUUGGCACAAAACGUGUUGACGAAAAGGGAUUCUUUGAUUUAAAAACAUGUCGACGCACUUAUAAUUUAUAUGCCAUGGAUGCUAAUUUAGCCCAAGAAUGGAUCGAGAAGAUACAAGCUUGCUUACAAUAAACAUGCUUAACAAAAAGAAAAAAAGAAACGCUAUUGUUUUAGUUAAUAAUUUGUACAAGUAGCCGCCAGAAGUUGAAGAGUAUUUUCUAAUGAUCAGUUUAGAUUUUGUUAUUGUUUUAAGUGAUUUAUAUAUAAAAAAACUAAUUUUGUUUAACAAAUAUAUUUUCUGUGUAUAUAAUUUAG